AAGAAGCCGAAAGGGAACAAUCACAAACCGCCAGUGUUUGAUUUAUUUUCUUGCGUAAUUUCAGCUCUAUUUUGUGUUUUAUCACAGAGCGUCUACAAAAGGACACCAUGCCCGUUAUUUGUGCGGCGAUAGGGUGCAACAAUAAAUUUGUAAAAGGGUCGGAAAUAAGAUUUUACCGGUUCCCACUCAGCAAACCUCAACUUGCCAGCAAAUGGGUACACAGCCUGGGGAUGAAAAACUUCAUCCCCACUGCCAACACCUGCCUCUGCUCGGAGCACUUCAGGACCGACUGCUUCAGGGAUUACAACGGCAAACAGUUUCUGAGGGAGGACGCGGUGCCCACCAUAUUCACCCAUGGGCAGGAUUCUUCAAAGAUUGAACUGCGAAAAAGAGGAGUGAUACCUAAGGAGACAAACGUCCCAACUCCAAUAGGAACACAAGCGGACAAAGACAGAGUGAGAGAAGCCGCCAAUCUACGCAGAGACAAAAGAGGAGGACUGAGGGGUGGACGAGGCGGCCGUGGAGGAAAACAACUGACUGACAGGCAGACGUUGGGGGCCAAAAGCAGAGUGUACGACAACAAAGGCCGGCUGCUCUCCAACGGCAACGACAUGUGCGACUGUCUGGAUGUGGACUGUAUGGGCUGCUUCUACCCUUGCCCCGAGUGCGGCUCGCGCAAGUGCGGCGUGGAGUGCCGCUGCGACAGGAAGUGGCUUUACGAGCAGGUGGAGGUGGAAGGCGGAGAGAUCAUCCGCAAUAAGUUUGCUAUUUAGUUAGCAGUGACUCUUCGGCUUUAAAUGUUAAAUCAUGGAACCAUGGGGCUUCUGGGAAUCCAGCUCCUGAAUCCAGCUCCUGAAUCCAGCUCCUGAAUCCAGCUCCUGAAUCCAGUUCCUGUAUCCAGCUCCGAGCCCAGCUGCUGGUGGAUCGUUCAAGAACACAAUGAUGUUUAAAAGAAUCUUCCACAAUAUUAAUUAAUAACAGUUUCUGCAGAGCUUCUGCCCGUGGUAGAAACUCUGCAGAACAAAGUAAGUAUUCUGCUGAAUGUUGGAUGUGCAUUUUGUUGUUCCUUUUUUUUUUUUUCACUUUUGUGUUUUACAUGAAGAACAUUUGUA